AGAAUUCGUCAUUUUUUUCAGUUUAUAGCAUUAGAUUAAUUCUACAAAACGAUCAUGGCCGCAGCACUUAACGGAGUUUGGAAAAUCAAGACGUCAGAAAACUUUGACGAGUAUAUGAAAGCUUUAGGCGUUAAUUUUGCACUAAGAAAGUUGGGCAACUUGGCUAAACCAGUUCUCACCAUCAAAAUCGAAGGCAAUGAAGUUUUUUUAAAAAGUGUAAGCACCGCUAGGAACAUCGAAACCAAAUGUACUAUCGGUGUCGAAUGGGACGAAGCGACCCCCGACGGUAGAAAAUGCAAGAGCAUCAUGACUUGGGAUGGCAGCAAACUGGUUCAAGUACAAAAGUGGGAUGGUAAACAAACCACUGUUACACGCUAUUUGAAAGAUGGCAAUUUAGAAAUGGAUCUUGAAAUCGAUGAUAUAAAAGCACACAGAGUGUACGAGAAGUCGGAAUGAGUUUCAAGCAAUUACACCGACCAUAGCCUGUUGCUUAAUUUGUGCUCUUGUUAAUAAAAAAUUACCGACGAAAUGCAACUUCACUUGUAAAUGCACUAAAAUAAAAGGGAGCUUACUUAAAUAAAAAGAUAUCAC